UAUUACUCUUUGUCUAUUUCAUUCAUUCUUUGAUUGCAAGGUCUUUAGGUUAUAAAUUUACAUGUAUAAUUGUUUUCUUUUUAAUAUAAAAUAAUGAAAGAAAAUACUAAGGAUGUAAAAAAAAUUAAACUCUAUAAGGGUAAAAAGAAGAAAACUGCAGAAGAAGAUGCAGCCAUACAAUAUUUACAGGCUCAAUAUGAAAAGAUUGUUCCUGAUGAAAUAAAAACCUUCAAAGAUCUUCCAUUGUCUCAAAAAACUUUGAAGGGUCUUAAGGAUAAUAAUUAUAAUGUCCCUACUGAAAUCCAGAAACAAGCCAUUGCAUAUGCAUUGCAGGGCAAAGACAUAUUGGGAGCAGCGAAGACAGGCUCAGGAAAAACUCUUGCAUUCUUGGUACCAAUUCUUGAAAUAUUAUUUUGUAAAAAAUGGACAAGACUAGACGGAGUUGGUGCCUUAGUCAUAUCGCCAACCAGGGAACUGGCGUACCAAAUAUAUGAGACUUUGAGAAAAGUAGGUAGGUUCCAUGACUUUUCAGCAGGGUUGAUAAUUGGUGGACAAAAUCUUAAAUUUGAAAGGAAAAGGAUGGAUCAAAUUAACAUUCUCAUCUGUACUCCUGGUCGGCUCCUGCAGCACAUGGAUGAGAAUCCACUGUUUGACUGUAGUCAUCUACAGAUUUUAGUCUUAGAUGAGGCCGAUAGAUGUCUGGAUAUGGGUUUUGAACCAACUAUGAAUGCUAUAAUUGAAAAUUUGCCACCAGAGAGACAGACAUUAUUAUUUUCUGCAACACAAACUAAAUCUGUGAAAGAUCUGGCUCGUCUCAGUCUGUCAUUCCCAACAUAUGUAGCUCCACAUGAGCAAGCAGCUACUGUUACACCUGAAUCUCUUCAGCAGAGUUAUAUUGUCUGUGAGAUUGAUGAGAAAAUUGGUAUUCUCUGGUCAUUUAUUAAAAAUCACUUGAAACAAAAAGUUUUAGUGUUUAUGGCCACAUGUAAACAAGUUAAAUAUACAUAUGAUUUGUUCUGCAAGUUAAGACCUGGUGUCAGCCUGCUAGCAUUAUAUGGGACACUACAUCAAGAGAAAAGAGAAAAAAUAUAUAAUGAAUUUUGUAGAAAAUCUAAUGUAGUACUUUUUGCCACUGACUUGGCAUCCAGAGGACUGGACUUUCCUAGAGUUAACUGGGUAAUACAGAUGGAUUGUCCAGAGGAUGUUGAUACAUACAUACACAGAGCAGGACGUACUGCUCGAGGUAUAUUUGGAAAAGGAGAAGGUCUACUGAUGUUAUUGCCAAAUGAAGAAAAAAUUGUUGAUGAUUUGCAAAAUAGAAAGAUACCUAUAAACAAAAUAUCUGUUGACCCGUCUAAAGUUAUUGCUCCUCAAAGAAAAAUUGAAGCUUUACUUUCAGACAAUACAGAACUUAAACAGACAGCUCAGAGAGCAUUUGUCAGUUAUUUGAAAUCAAUAUUUUUAAUGAAGAAUAAAGAUAUAUUUAAUGUCCAACUGUUAGAUACAGACGCAUAUGCUAGAUCCCUUGGUUUAAUAGUACCACCUAGGAUAAGAUUCUUGUACAAGUACCAGAAAAAUCAUACAAGUAAACAGCCAGAGGAAACUGAGAAUAAUAAUGAUGUGGUGGAAAAAUUAAAGGCUAAUGUGAUAAAUAAUGAUACAGCAUUUGAGGAAAGUGAAUCAGAAGAUCAAAAAGUGGAUGAUCAAGUGCAGGAAACAAAAAAUAGUAAGAGCCAAAAAAGCAAGAAGGAUCUAAUUAAAUUUGAUUUUCACAAUGAUGAUAGUGACGAGGAUGACUUUCUUCAAGUUAAAAAGACAGAUGUAGAUGUAGAGACAUCCCCAUUACAAGAAGAGAAAACUAAGUCAAAGAAGAAAGCGAAACCCAUUACAAAAGCAGCUGUGGCUAAAAAAAUAUUAAAAAGAAAAAUUAAAGUAAAUACUAAAGUUAAAUUUACAGAGGAAGGCGAAGCAAUUGCAGAUGAAAAGAAAGAUGUUAAAUCAGAAUUAGCAAAGCAAUUUAUUAAUGAAAAUGUAGGUGGUAUAGAUAUUGAGAAAGCAAAAGAAGUUUUAAGAGAAGAGGAUAAAUAUGAUAAAAUUAGAUUUAGAGAAAAAGUUAAAGCAAAACACAGGGAACAUAAAAGAAAACUUAAAAAUAAAAAGAAGGAAGAAGAAGGAGACAAGGAUGAUUUUGGAUCACAAUCAGAAUCCGAUGGGCCGGAUCUGUCAUGGUUACCUGAUCCUGAUAAAGUGUAUGGCAAAAAUAAUAAUAGUGAUGUUGAACUUGACAGUAAUGAUGAUAGCAACAGAAGUAACACACAGUCUGAUGAUGAACAUUCUGAAGAGGAAGAUGAAAAAUACCACAGGCCAACUAAACGGAAGUUAGUGGAGAGCAGAGGUAUACCGCAAGAAAGUGUAGCGCCUAGAAAAAUGAAGAAAGUGCAAGAUUUAUCUGCGUCUUUAUCAGUACAAGAAGCGGAGGCCCUGGCUAUGCAGUUGUUGCGAAAUAAAUCUUAAAGCCUUGUAAUAAAAUAUAAUUAUUAUAUUAA